ACCAAAUCACCUCUUGAAAGAAAAUCUUCCUCCACUUGGUUACCUGAGAUCAUCAUUCUUUAAGCUAUUUGAAAAAGAAACCAGAAACAAACUUAAAACAAAAAUGGCUAUUCUCUCCCGAAGUGUUAUGCACGCCAAGCGGAUUCUGUCCCGAUCAAGUUUGCUUGCUAAUCAAGAAGCUUCGAUUCCAAAAGGGUUCUUUGCAGUAUAUGUUGGAGAAAGCGAAAAGAAGCGAUUCGUAGUACCAAUUUCAGUCUUGAAUCAGCCUUCAUUUCAGGAAUUAUUAAGAAAGGCUGAGGAAGAAUUUGGUUUUAAUCAUCCAAUGGGUGGUCUUACACUUCCUUGCAGAGAAGAUAUCUUCAUUGACACUAUUUCAAGCAUAAAUUCAAUGUAAUAUAAAGAAACAAAUCAGCAUAACCAAUUUUGUAAUCUUACUGUACAUUGUAUACAUUUUUUUCCUAGAGUUAGAUGCAAGAUGGUAUAGCUUCAUUAACAUCGGUUAACAAGAGGGCUUUGAAUCUAAAUUUUUCUGUUUUUGUGCUUGCCAAUGACUUCAGAGAUAUGUUUCUGAAUUCUGAAACUGUAAACUUGCAGUAAUGAUAUUUAUAGAGAAAUUCUGCAA